AGUAGCUAAUCGGGUACCAGGUAAAUCCACGUCGGCAAAAUGGAAGGUUACAAAAAAGUCGCCGGUCUCUUGGUGAUUGCAGUUAUUUCCAGCUCUUUAGUAUUUGCUGGAAAGAAAACACUUGUACUGGUUGACAACUGGUCAUUACGCGAAACACAUUCUAUAUUCUUCAGAACACUGCGAGAGAAAGGAUAUGAUUUGACCUUCAAGACAGCUGAUGAUGCUUCCCUGGCUUUGGUGAAAUAUGGAGAAUUCUUGUAUGACAAUCUCAUCUUGUUUUCACCAUCAGUUGAAGAAUUUGGAGGUUCUGUAAAUGUAGAGGCUAUCACCAGUUUUAUAGAUGGAGGGGGUAAUGUUCUUGUUGCUGCUAGUUCUCAAGUUGGGGACACCAUCAGAGAAUUGGCUACAGAAUGUGGUGUAGAAUUAGAUGAGGAGAAGACAGCUGUGAUUGAUCACCUUAAUUAUGACAUGGCUGAUCAAGGAAAACACACCUUGAUAGUUGCUGAACCAAAGAACUUGUUGGAUGCACCAAUGGUGGUUGGAAGCAAAAUUUCCUCACCUUUCCUGUUCAGGGGAGUUGGAAUGGUAGCUGACCAGGAGAAUCCUUUAGUAAUGAAUGUACUACAUGCCUCCUCUACAGCCUACUCUUUCAAUCCUGAUACUAAGAUAGAUGAUUAUCCCCAUGCAGUUGGAAAGAACACCCUCCUUGUUGCAGCAUUACAGGCCAGAAACAAUGCCCGAGUGGUGUUUGUUGGAUCCCUUGAAUUCUUCAGUGAUGAGUUAUUUACAUCUCCAGUACAGAAUGCCAUUGGCAAACAGAAAUUUGAUAAAUCUGGUAAUGAACAGUUGGCAUUUAACCUGGCUGACUGGGUUUUUAGAGAGAAAGGAGUUCUUAGAGUCGGAGCUGUAAAACACUUGAAGAAAGGGGAGAGUGCUCCACCUCAGUAUUACACAGUCUUUGAAGAAGUGUCUUAUUCAGUUGUGAUUGAUGAAUUGAAAGGAGGAAAAUGGGUUCCAUUCACUGCCAAUGAUGUACAACUGGAAUUUGUCAGAAUUGACCCAUUUGUAAGAACCACUCUGCAACCCAAAAAUGGAAAAUUUUCAACUAUCUUUAAGUUACCGGAUGUGUAUGGUGUGUACCAGUUCAGAGUGGACUACAACAGGAUAGGUUACACACAUCUGUUUAGUACAACUCAGGUAUCUGUGAGACCAUUAGAACAUACACAGUAUGAGAGAUUUAUCUAUUCAGCAUUCCCAUACUAUGCUAGUGCCUUCUCUAUGAUGGCUGGAGUAGUCCUGUUUAGUAUAGUCUUCUUACAUUUUAAAGACGAACCAAAAGAAAAGAAGGAAUAACGAACAGUUUUAGUAGUUCACCAAAUUUUUAGGUUUAUACUUUUAUCAGAUACAGUUUAUGUUUACUUAUGUUCAAGUAUAUUUCACAUCUAUGUAGAACAUAUUGUUUUACUGCAUAAGAAUAUGUCACAUUUACUUUUUAUGUUUAUUUCUUUAAUUUUUUUGGAACAUUUGACUUUUGACAUUAAGAUAAGAAGACUUUUGUACACAUUUAUUGAAAUAAAAUUUCCACUAAAAUAA